AUGGUGAGGGAAACAAGUUUGAGCAUUGAAGCAGGAAAUGAAUCUUCCAAGUUUGAUGAUGAUGGCCGACUAAAAAGGACUGGUUUCGGGUUUCGGAUUUUAGCGUUUUCGGGGUUUUCAUGUUUUUGGGUUUUCGGGUUUCAUGUUUCUCGGGUUUUCGCAUUUUCGGGUUUCAGGUUCAGUGUUUUCGCCGGGGGCGGACCCAAGAGUCGAGUUAUUUUAUGCUUCUCCGAUGUCCUUGUUGAGAUACAGGACACAAUAAAAUCAGGGGCGGAAUCGGAAAGCAAAGUAAUGAAGAAGGCUACGUUGGCUGGAAUAUCGGUCUCCACCGUUUUCUACAUGCUAUGUGGGAUUUUAGGAUACGCCGCUUUUGGCAAUAAUGCCCCUGGGAAUAUGCUUACCGGUUUCGGCUUCUACGAGCCUUUUUGGCUAGUCGGUUUAGCUAAUUUAUUCAUCGUAAUUCAUCUCAUUGGAGCUUACCAGGUGUUAAGCCAGCCGAUAUUCGGGGUUGUGGAGGAUUGGAUCAAAGAAAAACGGCCGAAAAACAAAUUUCUAACGGGGGAAUAUUCUAUUUUCAAAUUGAGUUUGUUCAGGCUGACUUGGAGAACAAGUUACGUGAUAUUCACGACAACGUUAGCUAUGCUAUUUCCGUUCUUCAAUGAUUUUGUCGGACUUAUUGGAGCUAUCACGUUUUGGCCGUUGACCGUUUAUUUCCCGAUCGAAAUCUACUUGGCGAGAUCAAAGAUUCCAAGAUUCUCUUUCAAGUGGAUUUGGAUGCGAUCGCUUAGCGGCAUUUGUCUUGUCGUUUCACUUCUUGCAGCUGCCGGUUCGAUCGAGGGACUCGUGAAAUCACUCGGAAUGUUUAAGCCCUUCCAUUCGGUGUCGUAA